AGUGUGACGUUGCACUACCUUGAAGUCCGCGGGAAUGUUAAUCCCCCUAGGCUUAUUGACUUUAAACGGACUGAUCAUCUGAGAGGAUAUUUUCAGAAGGGUCGAAAAGCGAGAUCAAACCGGUUACAUCUGGAAUUCCGUUUCGUUCACUGAGUUGUAAAUUGCUGUAAUUAUCUACCCGAAUACGUAGUAUCAGCAUCUGUUCAUACGUCUAAAGAGAUUGGGUCUUCACAGCACUGGAAGUCACGAGGAUUAACCUCCUGUCCCUAACUUUGAAGACAUUCCUUUAUACUUUGGAACAGUUUUGAAGCACCGGUGGUUUAACUUAUGGUGUAAAUCAAGUGCUUUUUGUACAGGUAAUAUUUGACUCGAGGUCUUGCAAUUUAUUGAUACAUACAAUAGCUAUUCUUUUUUUAUGACUUAGUGAUUUCCCCUGGGGAGCCUAUCAGUAUUCAGAAUGUUUAACCAACUUGUGACAAAACAAUUUGUCCUGUUAUUUAAGUGUUUAUUAUUGUUUUAUUGCCCAUCGGAUGAUGGAUUGGCGACUAGGCUCUCCAAGGAACAGAUAUUUUUCUUACUUAAAUCCCUUCGUUUUCUACAUCGUUUUAAUUUUACCCACCUACGUUAGGUUGGUUACUUAACUCCCUUCAAAAUAAUAAAAAGUUGCUCGACCCCCGAUUUUCUCGUGCGAUGUAUGUAGCUCAAUUAUCACUGCCCUGAAAGGCUGACACUAAGUUCUGUCUGUUUUGGUUACUUUCUCACAAAAUUAUCUUCGUACGUUCUCCACUGCCUUUUAGAUAAUUUCAUUGUAUCUUGCUUAAAUUCGUUAUAAUUUCAAAUCAACCUUAAUAGUGGUAAUUUUACAGCUUUAUACAAAAAAAUAUUCUCAUCAAAAUAUCGUCUGUGUUUGUGAACAUUCUUGUAUUAAAAUUGGUUGUUAUUGCUUGUAGGUAUUUAGGGACUAAAGACAAUCAACCAAAGAUUUUUGGUGCUAUCUGUGUUAUGAAUGUUUUGACUAUUGUGUUUUUUAAAUGCUCAUUACACUGCUUAUUGUUAACAGAUUCGGUAUAUUUCAGUGUGAGUGUUGUUUGGUAUUUGUGGUCCUUCAUUUUUGUAAAUUGUAUUACUUGGUUUUCAAUAGGGGUUAUUUAUACUCUAAUCUGUUUUUAUAGUUAUGAAACCAACAUGAGGCCCGAUUUGCUGAUGUUGCUAGUCCUAAGCCUGAGUAAAGAUGGUAGGUUGGGGUAUUAUGUCUUACAACUCGACCUCUUAAGAAAGAACUUUGCUGCAAAGUCACUAUGUAGAAAAAUAUUAAGAUCGGACUUCGGAUACCCUAUGUGUUGCCAAAUUAGCCAUUGGACUGAAAUUGGGAUUCAUUAGAACCGGAAUUCGGACACUCAAUUUAACACAGCUGUUAUGGAGAAGGAUUUUACUGAUUUGAUAGACGAUCUUUUGUUUAUCAAAGUCAUUGAUCAGAAUCUUGAUCAAUAAAUGAAAUGCAGUGAUACAAAGUAUGGUCGAUUGGUGGUUAUUCACGAGACCACAUUAUUGGCUUAAGCUUUUGUAUAAUUUGAAAUAAAAAAAGCAUGACCAUUAGCCAUAAGAAUAGAUUUUUCAUAUAAUAAAAUGACAUGCUUAUGUACAACAUAAUCACACAAACAAAAGUGUUAUCAUAGGUGGUUGGAAAAAUCAGUUUGUAAAUCACUAAUUUUGCAACCAAUUAAGACCUGAUUGUUAGGCCUAAUUCUUGCCCGUCACAUCAACAGUUGACUAGCUUAGUAAACUAGUUUAACCCAUUAUAUGUAGUAUGUCAUGAUGUGGUGUUUCCCAUUCUUAAAUGUCACCGUCUUUUUUGAUUAAUAAGUGUUUUCUGGCUUUUAGGAUGAAAAUCUACUUGGCUUUCUUACUCAUUGGAUUUGGGGCGUUACUCUGUCACAGUGAAGCAAUAAUUAAACAACAUUUACCAGCUGAACUUCUGUGUUCAGACAUAAAUUGUGUGAAAACCAUAACUACUGGAAGUCUUAUCAAAGAUGUUAAUGUACCGAAUAAGAAAACAUUAAAAGUGAAUACCUUAGUGGACAUAAUAGGAUUAAGCGCUGAUGCUACUAAUUCUAUGAUGAAAAUAAAAUUCGGCGAAGAACAUUUAUACAUCGACCCAAGUUUUGUACAAAUUAAGGAUUCUGUUAGUUCACGCAAAUUUUUAAAGGUGAAAAACUUCGAUAUAAAUUUGAAUCCUUCGACUCUAUUAGAUGAAAGAACACUUAAUCUAGUGUCACCUUACCAACUACCAUCGGAUGAAGAUUUGAAUUACAAAUCUACAGAGAAAAUAUCUGAGAAAGAUCAUCCAGAUAACAAGCAAACACUUUUCCGUAAUCAAAGACAGAGUAAUGCUUAUGAUACUAGAGAAAGGACGAAUGAAAUUGAUGAAAUGGACGUGGUUAGUAGCAGAAGUUAUGAUCAAGUGAGCAAACAAGAAACUACAUACAAGAUAGAUUCUGAUGAAGUGGAACAAGAUGACAAAAUUGAGGAAGAUAAUGACGACAAUGAGUUUGACUAUAACAAUUCAUCCGAAAUAAAACAUGGUGACACGGAUACCACUGACUAUCCAUCCGAAUCACCCGGUGAGCCGGCUUCUGUGAAUCAACAACCGUCAUCUGUUCAGUCACAUCACGUUGAAAUGAAGGUGUCUGGAACCGAACAUGUGGAAACCCAUGUACCGGUACGACCACCGACUGUCUCACCUGAUACUGAUAAGGAGUCGAAGGAGGAUGUUUCGAGUAGAUCUGAACAGAGUGAACCUGUUUCUGUGAAUCAACAACCGUCAUCUGUUCAGUCACAUCACGUUGAAAUGAAGGUGUCUGGAACCGAACAUGUGGAAACCCAUGUGCCGGUACGACCACCGACUGUCUCACCUGAUACUGAUAAGGAGUCGAAGGAGGAUGUUUCGAGUAGAUCUGAACAGAGUGAACCUGUUUCUGUGAAUCAACAACCGUCAUCUGUUCAGUCACAUCACGUUGAAAUGAAGGUGUCUGGAACCGAACAUGUGGAAACCCAUGUGCCGGUACGACCACCGACUGUCUCACCUGAUACUGAUAAGGAGUCGAAGGAGGAUGUUUCGAGUAGAUCUGAACAGAGUGAACCUGUUUCUGUGAAUCAACAACCGUCAUCUGUUCAGUCACAUCACGUUGAAAUGAAGGUGUCUGGAACCGAACAUGUGGAAACCCAUGUGCCGGUACGACCACCGACUGUCUCACCUGAUACUGAUAAGGAGUCGAAGGAGGAUGUUUCGAGUAGUUCUGAACAGAGUGAACCUGUUUCUGUGAAUCAACAACCGUCAUCUGUUCAGUCACAUCACGUUGAAAUGAAGGUGUCUGGAACCGAACAUGUGGAAACCCAUGUGCCGGUACGACCACCGACUGUCUCACCUGAUACUGAUAAGGAGUCGAAGGAGGAUGUUUCGAGUAGAUCUGAACAGAGUGAACCUGUUUCUGUGAAUCAACAACCGUCAUCUGUUCAGUCACAUCACGUUGAAAUGAAGGUGUCUGGAACCGAACAUGUGGAAACCCAUGUACCGGUACGACCACCGACUGUCUCACCUGAUACUGAUAAGGAGUCGAAGGAGGAUGUUUCGAGUAGAUCUGUACAGAGUGAACCUGUUUCUGUGAAUCAACAACCGUCAUCUGUUCAGUCACAUCACGUUGAAAUGAAGGUGUCUGGAACCGAACAUGUGGAAACCCAUGUACCGAUACGACCACCGACUGUCUCACCUGAUACUGAUAAGGAGUCGAAGGAGGAUGUUUCGAGUAGAUCUGAACAGAGUGAACCUGUUUCUGUGAAUCAACAACCGUCAUCUGUUCAGUCACAUCACGUUGAAAUGAAGGUGUCUGGAACCGAACAUGUGGAAACCCAUGUGCCGGUACGACCACCGACUGUCUCACCUGAUACUGAUAAGGAGUCGAAGGAGGAUGUUUCGAGUAGAUCUGAACAGAGUGAACCUGUUUCUGUGAAUCAACAACCGUCAUCUGUUCAGUCACAUCACGUUGAAAUGAAGGUGUCUGGAACCGAACAUGUGGAAACCCAUGUACCGAUACGACCACCGACUGUCUCACCUGAUACUGAUAAGGAGUCAAAUGUGGAUGUUUCACAAGUUUCAUAUUCCACCUCGUCAAGGGACAUUUUGGACAAUGAUAGUCAUAUAGAAUCUAAUAUAUCAAAUUCGCAUUUUUCAUUGCAUGAUCGUAAACAAGGAGUCAUCACCAGUGAUCUCAUCGGUGUUCAAGAUAUUGGAAUAAUUUAUUCUUCAGAUGUAAAUAGCUCUAUUCUUUCAUCCGUUUCACGAAAAGUGUCUGAGGAUCAAAUUAUUUUCAAUCAUCACAGUGUUCCCGUUCACUUAGGUUUGAUACAAUGUAUAUACUGGGCAGCAAACGCUAGCUUUGAUAAAACGUAUUCUAAAACUGUUAGAUCACCUUUUUCGCGCUUCUUAGUCAAUGGAUUUAGGUACUUCUUUGCAGCUGCUAACGUUUCUCUGCAGUAUUUACCAGAAAACAUUAUUUCCAAUUUAGAUAAUUUUUUGCUUGAAACAUUUUCUUUAUCAUUAAAUUUCAUUAUUGCUUGGAUGAUUUUUAUAUUUCACUUAAUUUUUUUGUGGAAUCUAAGUAAGGGCGUACAUUUCCUUCUAUCUAAAUACAUUUUUUUUGAAAAAUGCACAUCUCCAUCUCUCGUAGAAUAUCUAAAACUUGAGGAGUAUAGCAUUCAACUAGCUAGCCAACUUUCAGAUACGGAAGAAUCUAAUUCUCAUUUAUCUAAAUGGGCUAAUUCACUUUCAUGCAGUCUUCAAAAUCUACAGGAAGAAUAUACUUCCAAAUUAUCUGAAAUGACAUUAUCUGUGGAUGAUUCUCGGGAAUCUUACAUACGUGCUCAAUCGGAGUUGAAUCAUUUAAAAAAUACUCAUAAUUCGCUGGAACAAAACUUACGUUUGAAGUUAACUGAUAAAGAAGAAGUCAUUCAUGAAUUAAAUUCAGAAAUUAAUCGUCUGAAACAAUUACACUCUGAAAAUGAUGAUAAAUGGAAGAAAAGUCUUUUAGAUCUAGAAGAAAGUAACCGUAAGUCAAUAGAAGAAUUGAAAGAGGAACAAGAACAGUUAUAUUCUCAAGCUAAUUUAUAUUAUAAUCGCAUGAAGACGAUGCAAUCAGAGGUCGACAAAAUUUUAGAAUCUAGAAAAGCAUCUGAGGAAAAGUUACUGAUUAAAGAAGCAGAAUUUCAAAGUUUGCUUGCUACUUUUAAUACGCUUAAAGGUCUUGAGGUGAUUUUUGAACAGGAAUCUUCCUCAAAACAGGAAACAAAUGAUAUGGAAGAACGUGAAGUAACCACCACUGACAACCUAUCUAAUGUUAGUCGCACGUUAGAGGAUGACGUGGAGAUUAGCGAUAAGUCAAGCAUUAUUUCCGAAAGUGCUUUGUGUGAUUUAAUUGAAGUCGAUGAAAAGACUACAGAAAAAUCUAGAUUACAGAAGAAUUUAUCAUUGCUCUUAGAUGUUGGUCGUUUGCAUGCUCAAAUCAGACUUAAAGAUGAACAAAUUAAAGCUGAAGAGUCUAAAGCAAAAAAUGAACAUGAUCUUCGAGUUGAAGUUGAAUCCAAAAUGGAAGAGAUAGAAAGAGAGAAUUCAACUCUUAAAGCUAAUUUAAUUCAUAUUGAACAAGAAAGAAAUGCUUAUCAAACAAAGCUUGAUAUUUUAUCCUGUUAUUUUAAAGAACGUGAACUUGAACUGCAAAGGGAUUUAGGUAAGCAUGUCGUAGUUGGUUCAGAAUCUUCCGAAGCCCUUAUGCACAGUCGAAAGCGUAAUCAAGAGCUUGAGGGGGAAGUUAAAGUAUUACGAGAUCAAAUGGCAGCUUUACGUCGAGAGCUAGUGGAAACUGAAAGAACUAGUAGGCGUCAAAUAUCGGAGUUAGAUAAGCGUUCUCAUGAAAAUUGGUUAGCAGCUCGUGCGUCUGACCACCAAAUUCAAGAUCUACGUGAAGAAAACUUCAGUUUGCGACAAAAGCUCAUUGAAUCAGAGAACAAUGCAUUACGAUCGUCAAUGCGCACCAUCCCGGAAAAAAUAAAUAGUUCAUCUCGUGAGAAAAUUAUGAACAUUUUCACAAGACCUAUUUUACCACUAGAAUUUAUGAAAAAUCCAAGUUUAAGAGAUGUACGCUCUCAAUCAAGAAAUUCUCUAACAAAUUUAACAUCGCAACGACCAGUAGCAGAAGCUAAUCCAUUCCCAUUCAUCCCAACACCACCCCGAGGAACAAUGCCUUUUUCAGGUGGACUUCAAAGAGAUGUCAUACCAACACCAACAAGGCCUCUUUUGCCAGGAUUUCCUCCAGUGCAAAUGAGUUUCCCGUCAGCAUUUUUAGCUCCCCCAUUCGCGCCCGUCAUGAAAGCGAUGACUGACCAAAAUAAUAAACAAAAUAGUUCCCCUUCUUCUGUAAGCAGUUCACUAAAGUGAUUUUAGAUCUAUAACGCUUUGUUCAGUAUGUGGUUUUUCUUGCAUUUUAAUCUUCCGUUCUCUACGUUCCGAUUGUUUCGUUGUGGUAUUAUUAUUUAGGUUAUUUUGAAUCAGGCUGUAAAGUGAUAAUAUUUUUACAUUUGGUCUUUUGAUAAUAAGUAUGUCCAGAUAUUAUAUUUCAGAUUACAUAUAUCAAGAAUAAUAUUUUAAACAUUAGUUGGUUAUUGCACAAAAAAUCUUUUAUUCUGUGUUCGUACUUACGAAAAUGUUUCUGUUUGUUAUUUAUUGCUCCGAUAUUACUUUAUAUGUUUAUAAUGAACCAUUUUUGUUUCUGGUGAAUAAUGGUCCUUGAGUCAUUCGCUUUAUUAAAGAAAAUGUUCCAAAUUAGUGAAAAGUAUGUAUUUUUGUCAUUUCAUUAUCUAUUAUCUACCAACUGUACUAAAGUAAUAUUACUGAAUUGUUUGACUUCAUUGAAGAUAAUUAUUUGGUUUAAAUCUC